CAUGGACGCUCCAGUCCUAGGCGAGAAGGAAAGCAAAGUACUUAAAGCGCAUUAUGAGCCUAAUCACUUAUCCAAGGAUUGCUCGCCCUUUAAUUCGGAAAUUCCCUGCUCAGGUAUACCGCCAACAUACAUCCAAGUGGCUGGCAUGGACAUCAUGCGAGAUGAUGGGCUAGUCUACGCGAGGGCUCUGAAGGAUAGUGGUGUGGAUGUCAGAUUGGAUGUCUAUCCCGGCAUGCUGCAUGGUCAUUAUGUGAUUUGGCCUCAACUCAAACAGUCAUUCAAAUCUCAAAUCGACACUCUGUCAGGUGUUGGUUGGCUUUUAGGAAUUCGGCUGGAAAGAGAAGUCAUCGAACGAUUCUGGACUGCGACUGAUUGAAUUGGGGAUGCGGUGAUUGAAACAAGAAUAAAUGGGAUACUACGUUGACUCUGACCGAGAUUGGGUCAUAAUAUGAAUGGCGCGAAUGACUUAUUUCAAUGGUUCCUUGCCGUAUACACUUUUCCUCGGUGUGAGGGCUGUGCCAGUAAUGAGCGACAUUUACUUGUCGACACUUUCGUUAGCAUAGGCUUUAUUUCGAUUCGAGACUUACGACAAAUGAUGCCUAGUGAACUCUAACUCUUCCCAUUGUGGCUGUCUAGUAUUCGCAUUUCUGUCUAAAGAAGAUUCUGGGCAAAUCGAUUCUCUUCACUGGGCAAGGUCAACGGCCAAUUUAGCACGUUUAGGCCGACUUCAUAUUUUGGAGAGAAAUUC